GGACAAGUACAAGCAAAAAUGUGUGGACCAUUUGACCAGUUAUAUUAUCAAGCUCCGUAAAUUUAUGAAGAAAUAUCCUCGAACACCUCCAAAUGAAACUGUAACUAGUGACUGCCUGGAUGAAGAAAAUGCAUUACCAGAUGGUAAUCAAGCUUACAGAAAGUGGAACAAUCUAAAUACUAAUGAAGUCGUUCGUGAUGCUGUACUCAGUAAUCAGAUUCCGCGAGCUCAGGGCUAUUUCACAGUCCAACAGAAAUCUAUGAAAGAUUUGAACAAACUCUUGCAAGCUGGUUUAAACCUUACAUACGAAUGUCUUUUGAAAAAAGACCUGCAGGAAGCGAGGGAACUUUUAAAAAAUAUGGGUUUUGAUGUGAAGAGAGAACUGCACCACAUCUGUUGCUACACAGCUGAUCGAGACCUUAGAGACUUCCUGGUGGAAAACCUCCAGGACUAUUUAUCUGUCGAAGAGAAGGAGAGGGUUAAGUUUGUUCACUUUGUAGAGAAGCUGUAUUCCUCCGCACAAAUCAUGGAAUGUCCUUUACAGAACGGGUAA